UUUUACUUGGAGUAUUUUUAACUCAUCAGGCCUUGUGACCAUCUUUUUAAUCUUUAGGGGAAUGGAGUACUACGGGAGAAGAGAAAGCAAAAGAUGAAGGAUAAGCUUUCUGCAUCACUGGAAUGUAACCCGAUUCAGGAUGACGUGCAAGAGCCUUUCGAAGAGAAGGUAGGCGAGAGUGCAUCCUCUGAAGUUCCAUGCAAAUCAAGUGAAUCAUUGUCAUCCAUGUUAACAGGAAAAGAGAGUGAAUUAUCGGACUUUGAUGCUGCAGCUGGUGUUGACGAGGUUUGUCACCUCCCUGAUGGUGUGAAAGAUUCAAUCAGCUCAAUCUCAUCUAGUGCUAACUCUACAGUUGAUGACCCAGUUACUAGCGAUCCUGGGCGGGACCAAGAUUUGAGUUCUGAAUUUUUAUCAAGGGAAAAAGAUGAAAUUGUACUUAAAGAAGACAUUGGAAUUCUUGAGAACGUGAUUUUAGAUGGAAUAGUUGGUAUUGUAUGUGAUGAGAAGGACCCAAAAGGAGGCCAGAUGGAGGAGUCAAUAUGUGUGAAGUCCGCCUUUGCAGUUGACCAUGAUGCUAGAAGUGCUUUUGAUCACUGGAAGGUGUAUUGGGACAACUUUUACUCAAGGAACUACUUCCAUAAUGCUAUUACACAAGAAUGCUCAUGGGACCCACCUGCUGGAAUGGAAGAUCUAGUGUAUGUUAAUAUCAGUGAUACACCAACAGUGCCACAGAACGAUACAGCUUACUUGGGCGCCUCUCUGACUUGUUUAAAAGAAUUUAGUACUCAAGCCAUUUCUUCUCAUCAACAAUCUAUUUGUGAUUUAUCAGUAGACUACAAAGGUGAUGAAGGAUUUUUAGAUAACCAGAUUCAUGAUUCAGUUGGAGAUAAACUUGUUAAUGAUGCUUUAUGUAAUACCAGUUCUGUGAAAAGGAAACAAAAGUCAAGGAGAGCAAAAUCCAAAAAGAAUAUAUCCAUACAGAAUGGAGAUUUCCCGUUUACAAAUGAAGGCUUUCACCGCAGUUUGAGUAAAUACUGGUGUCAGAGGUAUAGUUUAUUUACAAAGUAUGAUGAAGGUAUCCAAAUGGAUGAAGAAGGAUGGUUCUCGGUUACCCCAGAGCCCUUGGCGAAACAUCAUGCAAACCGUUGUGCUGGUGGUACUGUAGUUGAUUUAUUCACUGGAGUUGGCGGAAACGCAAUCCAGUUUGCACAACGGUGUGGACAUGUAAUUGCAAUUGACAUUGAUCCAAUGAAAAUUGACUAUGCACAACAUAAUGCAGCAAUAUAUGAAGUUCGUGACAGAAUAGACUUCAUUAGAGCAGAUUCCUUGAUAUUGGCUCCAGCAUUGAAGGUGGAUGUAGUAUACAUGUCGCCACCAUGGGGAGGACCUGACUAUGCCAAGGUUAAGAAGUUCGACAUCAAAACUAUGCUUAAGCCACAUGAUGGGUAUUAUCUCUUCAAUGUUGGAAAAGGAAUUGCUUCUAAAGUUGUCAUGUUCCUUCCUAGAAAUGUUGAUAUCAAUCAAUUGGCUGAGAUUGCUUUGUCUGCCAACCCAUCGUGGUCGCUAGAGGUUGAAAAGAAUUUCUUAAAUGGCAAGCUGAAGGGGAUCACUGCAUACUUCAUUAAGCCUUUCUCGGAGCAAAGUAAGAUGCAAACAUUAAACUAAAAGUUUACCCCGCCCGACCACCCUUCAAACAACGUUCACACUUUUUGAAUCUAUUAUAUGCUCCCGGGAGUAAAUACAUCGCAUUUCAUGUA